AUGGCUGCUUUGAAUUCCAGUGUCACAGAGGAGGAUCUGAACGGUUUUAGGUUCUCAAUCGAUCAAAUUCAAACCCAAGUUGUCAAGCUAGAGAAACAAGUAAAUGAAGUUGAACAGUUCUACCAAUCCAACGAUUUUAAAGUUAAUAAUUCCAAAAACAAGGGUGAAAAUAAGCAUCUUAUUGGAACUAAGAAGUCACUGCAAGGUGAUUCACACAAUGAAGCUGAUGCUGAUGCUGCAAAAGGAAGGGAAGAACUCAUGCGCCAGUUUUCCGUUAUAUUGAGUCAGAUUACUCAGCAUGAAUGGGCUUGGCCUUUUAUGGAUCCAGUAGAUGUUGAAGGUCUGGGACUGUAUGACUAUUAUGAGGUUAUCAAUAAGCCUAUGGAUUUCAGCACAAUAAAAAGAAAAAUGGAAGCUAAGGAUGGCUCUGGUUAUAAGAAUGUCAGGGAGAUAUAUUCUGAUGUAAGGUUGAUUUUUAAGAAUGCAAUGAAAUACAAUGAUAAAAAGAAUGAAGUCCAUGUUAUGGCGAGAACCUUGCUGAACAAGUUCGAAGAGAAAUGGCUGCUCCUGUUGCCUAAAGUUGACCAAGAGGAGAGGAGACAUUUAAAGGAAGAAGCAGAUGCACAGUUGGAAACACAGCUUGCACAAGAAGCAACUUAUGCCAAUAUGACUAGGGAUUUAUCUGUUGAGCUGGACAAGGUUGAUGUGCAUUUGAAGAGUCUUAAAGCAUUGGUUAUUCAAAACUGCAGGAAACUCUCAUCUCAGGAGAAAGUUCUACUUGGGACAGCUCUCCCAAGGUUGUCUCCUGAAUACCUCAUCAGAGCAUUGCAAAUAGUUCAUGAAAACAAUCCAAACUUCCAACCUAAUGCUGAAGUUGUGGAACUUGACAUUAAUUCUCAGAACGACUACACACUGUGGAGGUUAAACGUUUUUGUCAAGCAUGCAUUGAAAGUUCAGGGAAGAACUGCUGAGGGCACAGGUGUUGACCAUAGUAAUAAAACCGAGAACAAGAACUACUCCAAAAGGAGGAGAGUUUUGUGAUUCUCUUGCCAAGAUAUCUUUUGAAAGUACUGAAAGAUCUAUAUCUAGUGUUAGGUAAUGCAGUAGGAUAGGAUCAUUCUGUAAAAUCAUUUAUGAUAUGCUCAAUUAGUUAGAGCGAUCAAUGAGUAGUUUGUGUCUGAUCAUGUUUCACCAUAUAGACCCUUCAACAAA